GCCCACUUGGUGUCGCUCGGAUUCGGCGGCGCACUCAGUCGAAACCUGGCGUGACCUGGAACUGAGAACUCUCAGGUUGACUCUCUGUGUCACUGUUUACGCGUAGAGGUGCCUUGCGCGCGACUGCGUCGUCCGAUCGUCGUCGGCCGCGAGCAAAGUAGCGAUUCGCCGCUACGCAGUUUAACGCGCCACAGCUGGCUAAAGCCUACGGCACGGCGAGUAAACGGGUGGCCCGUGCGUGAGACGAGCGGCGAGACACGAGGAGAAGCGUACGCCCCGCGAUAUUCGCUAAAACAAAACCAAAAGAUGACAACUUGGCAAGCACCUGGUGCGGGGUUCUAUCCAGGCCAACAAGGUCCGUAUCCUCAACAGAAUCCUGGAUAUCCGCCACCGCAGGAAGGCUACCCGUACCCUCCGCAAGCGCCAGGAUAUCCACCGCCUUACUCCGGCGGAAAUCCACCAGGCCCAGGAUUUGUACCUCCGCCGUACGCUCACGCGCCGCCGCCGCCAGUUGGUCCAGAUUUCGGAGGAGUACCUUCAGGCCAACCGGGAAUGUACGGGAGCAGCUAUGGGGAGGAUCCUAUGCAGGAUGAGAUCAAAGGAUUCGAGUUUAAUGACAAAACUAUCAGGAAUGGCUUUAUUAGGAAAGUAUACAGCAUUUUGAUGUGUCAGUUGGUUAUCACACUUGGAAUGAUUACUCUGUUCCUCUAUCACGGACCGACGCAGCGAUGGGUCCAGCAGCACAGAGAAAUGUUUUGGAUUGCUUUUGCCGUAAUGAUCGUUGUGCUCAUAUGUAUUGUUUGCUGUACCAACGUGAGACGUAAAGCUCCGAUGAACUUCAUAUUCCUGUUUAUAUUUACGUUGGCGGAGGCUUUCUUGCUCUCUGCAGCCGCGUCAACGUACAAGUCUGAGGAGGUUAUGCUCGCCGUUGGAAUUACAGCGGUGGUUUGUCUAGGAUUGACACUAUUCGCAUUUCAGACAAAAAUCGAUUUUACCGGCAUGCACACCGUCCUGUUUGUCGCUGUGCUCAUCUUACUUCUUUUCGGUAUAAUCGCAAUAUUCUGGCAAGGACGAGUUAUAACUAUUGUUUACGCCUCACUCGGGGCGCUAGUAUUCUCCAUGUAUCUGAUUUACGACACACAAAUGAUGAUAGGCGGGAAACAUAAGUAUUCUCUCUCACCGGAAGAGUACAUCUUCGCCGCGUUGAAUCUGUAUAUUGAUGUCGUCAAUAUCUUCCUGUACAUUUUAACCAUUAUCGGCGCUUCGCGAGACUAAGUAAUGUCAAUUAUGAUAUUUUGACUUGUGUUACAAAUUACUAAAGAAUAGAGUCAGUUUUUACUUACCGCCGUCCUGCUCUGGCUCUCUACUUAUUGCCCCGAGAGCGCACUGUAGGCGAAUGAAGUACGAAGAGAUGCAUGAUAUUGGCAAGAGACUUUAAUUUCUACGAAGAUAUAGCUUUUACAAAUUUUCAAAGAUUAAUAUACACCAAGAGCACGCUUGUAUUCGAAGCCUUUUAUCUAGUUCUAUAAGACGUAAUACAACAAAGUAUUUCCCAUCGUUUUGGGAAGAAAACCAAAUAUAAACUCUUAUAAUUGCUAAUUGUAAUAUGUAGAAUAGUGUCAUUGUCAUUAUUAUUGUCAUAAAAAUAAUUAAUGUUACUUCUUUGCCUGUAUCAUAUUGAGCAACUUAUCACCAGAAUUGUUUAUUAAGAAGCAAAUGGUCAACUUUAAUUUUAUUUCUUUAAAGGACUUAGGUUUUUCAAUGUUAUCAAUAAAUACACGUGAAUCUUAUUAAAAGUAUAAGUAUGUAAAACCGAUUAUUAAAUAUGAUUGUUAUAAAUAUAUGUAUAGCGUGUAAAAAUCCAGUUGUAGCGUUAUAUUACCUGUGGAUUUGACUGUAAUUUUAGGUAACAAGAGCACUUUGUUGCCUAUACAUAUACAUAUACAUACAUAGAAAGUUGAAAUUGUGUUUAUUCUUUGUUCAAAUUUGAAUAAUAAAACAUACGAUUUACUUCUCUA